AUGUAUGCAGGUUCGAUGUUCACUUUUUACAAGGACCCCUAUUGCAAACUUCCUGUUUUUGUGAUGGGAGGGCGUGCCCGACGCUGCAUCUUGUGGAUCGGGGGGCAGUGUGAGUCUUUCCUCACCUUUGGCUACUUCCCAGAGCUAGUGAAAAUGCUUGAGGGUGAGUGGUUGUUCGUGCAAACAGAGCUCGCGAGUUGCCGCGUUGGGUUUGGGGCACAAGACCACGUUCACGAUGCUGAAGAUGUGGACGAUCUCCUCGAAAUCCUUGUGAAGAAACAUGGUAUGGAGGAAGUUACCAUAUUCGGGACAAGUACGGGGGCUCAGGUGGUGUUUGAACUACUUGAGAAUGGCCGCAACGCCCAGUUCAUUACGCGUGUCGUUCUCCACGGCGUUGUAUGCGAUCCCGAGAUGCCACUUUUCACGCCGAAGGGGGAGGCCGAACGAAAGGAAAUUGUUACAAAGCUUCUCGAGGAGGGUCGACAUGAAGACUCCCGUGCGAUGGUAAAUUAUUACGAUAUCCCCAUCACACCUGCCCGUCUCUCCAGCGGGGGAUUUCCGACACUGCAGGAGGCUGUAUGGUGCCCCUGCUUCCGCGGCGAUACGGAAACGCUGCGAAAGUCACUCGGCCUGGUGAAGGUGCCGCUGCUACUCAUGCUGGCACACCAUGCGCAGUACAAGCCUACUGCUAAGGAGAUUGAGCGCGUGAUGCAGCUUGCCAAGGAGUACACUGAUUGCCCACACGUCACAGUGGCCUAUUUCAAUGAUACCUGUGACGAGCGGAGACGUGUGCUAAAGGCAGCGGAAGCUGAACACGUUGAGGCCAUUGUGCAGUUUAUCUUCGAGGAGGAAGAGAAGCGCAAUAAGCAACUGGCACAUCAGAAAUUUCAAGCUGUGGAGAACGAAAAAAAACGGAAGUCAGUGCUGCAGGCCUCGGCUUUUGCGCAAAAUAUAAUUAAACCUACUGCAGUGUAG